AUGGGCAUUGAAACAGCUCCACUUGAUGUCGAGGAAUCGACGGAGCCUCCUAUAUGUGCUUACUCCCAAGAGCACAAUUCACCAGACCAUAAUCGCCCCGGAGAUGUAAAAGACGCGCACGACAUCGAGAAGGCUGCAGGACCACCAGACGAGACUCCCCCUACAGCCCACCACUCUGAACAUGAUCUACCGAACCCAACAGACCAUGCUCACAUCAUCACCCCCUCUAGCCUCUCGGCAAUUCUCGAUGUCGAUCUUCAACAUGGGCUCUCCAACGAGGAGGCCUCUUCUCGUCUUGCACGAGAUGGUCCCAAUAGAGUUAGGGAGAUGGAAGGACUAUCCGCAUGGAAGAUCCUCCUGAGGCAAGUUUCCAACAGUUUAACUUUAAUUCUCGUCAUCGUCAUGGGAGUGUCCUUUGGGAUCCAUGAUUAUAUUGAAGGGGGCGUGGUUACCGCCGUCAUCCUCCUCAAUAUCAUCGUAGGCUUCGUGCAAGACUACCGUGCAGAAAAAGAUAUUCUCUCACUACAGCGAUUGUCUGCCCCAAUAUGUAAGGUACUGCGGGAUGGCAGGGUUACCUCUGUAAAGGCGGAAUCACUUGUGGUCGGGGAUAUCGUGCAACUCGCAGUCGGGGACAUUGUUCCAGCAGAUUUGAGGUUGUUCGAAGGCAUGAACGCCUCCAUGGACGAAGCGCUGUUGACAGGAGAAUCUUUACCCGUAGCAAAGACUCCACACCUGACCCUAACUUCGCGUGAUAUGCCGAUUGGCGAUAGGACCAACAUGGCCUACUCUGGUUGUAGCACAACCCAGGGCCGAGCGACUGGCGUGGUCACUGCCAUUGGAAUGAACACGGAAGUGGGGAAGAUCGCUCAGUUACUUCAGGAUAGAGCUGAACACGAUGACGCGAACUUAUAUGUCCGCAUGUUCCGCCGUUUAGUUGCUACCGUAAAGAGCAUCCUCGGUCUUGUCGGGACGCCCCUGCAGGUAAAGCUGAGCAAGUUCGCUUUGCUCCUCUUUGCACUAGCCAUCCUUCUAGCCAUCAUUGUCUUCUCCGUGAACAAAUGGGACAUCCAAGGCGAGGUCCUCAUCUACGGGAUCUGCGUCGCGGUCGCUGUUGUGCCCGAGUCGCUGAUCGCAGUGCUCACUAUUACAGUCGCGGUUGGCACCAAGGCAAUGGCCAGAGGCAAUGUGAUUGUUCGGAAACUGCAAUGUCUCGAAGCGGUGGGUGGAGUGACCAACAUCUGCUCGGACAAAACAGGUACUCUGACCCAGGGCAAGAUGGUCGCACGUACUGCCUGGAUCCCAGGGACCGGCAUCUUGACCGUGCACCAGACCACUAACCCGUUUGACCCGACAAGUGGGUUGAUCCAACUUGACGGUCGUGAUAUCCACCCCAGAGUCGUCCAAGACGAUUCGGCGAAUACCUUUACUACAGCACUCUCGUUGUGCAAUCUAUCGACAGUGCACAACGCCAAAUCUGCUUCAUCAGAAGACGUACCCGCUCAGGUGGCUGAGGGUGGGUGGGUUGCUGUUGGCGAGCCCACCGAGGUUGCUCUGCGGGUGUUCUCUAUGCGGUUCGGGUAUGAGAAGCCAGACGUUGUCCGAAACAGAGGUCUUCAGCUCCACACGGAAUAUCCUUUUGACUCCUCCGUCAAGAAGAUGACGGUUGUCUACACCAACCAACAAGCCGGGCUCAAUGAAGUGUACUCGAAAGGUGCUCCAGAGGCGCUCAUCCCUAGCCUUGAUGUGAUAGAUGAGGAGAAAGACCUGAUUCAAGAGACCGCCGAUAGAAUGGCCGGAGAAGGCCUCCGCGUGCUUUGUAUCGCGUACAAAAAGACUCCUGUCAAUGAUACAUUACAUAUAUCAGAGCGCAAUAUGGCAGAAUCUAACCUGAGAUUCGCCGGUCUGAUUGGGCUAUACGAUCCCCCUCGCCUUGAAACAGCAGCCGCCGUCCGCAAGUGCCAGAUGGCCGGGAUUACAGUCCAUAUGCUCACAGGCGACCACAUCCGAACCGCCACGGCGAUUGCAUCGGAAGUGGGUAUUCUAGACCCUAUCGUGGAUGCAAAGUCGAGUCGUCUGGUCAUGGCAGCAAAGGAAUUCGACCGAUUGUCCGAUGCUGAUAUUGACGCAAUCGAACAGCUGCCGUUGGUCAUUGCGCGAUGCAGUCCCACUACCAAAGUACGCAUGGUCGAAGCGAUGCAUCGCCGGGGUGCCUUUUGCGUCAUGACUGGUGACGGCGUCAACGAUUCGCCUGCGUUGAAGCGUGCUGAUGUGGGCAUUGCCAUGGGCAAGAACGGUAGCGACGUCGCGAAAGAGGCGGCUGAUAUGGUUUUGACCGACGACAACUUUGCGUCCAUCGUAAAAGCCGUCGAAGAAGGGCGACGGCUCUUUGACAAUAUUCAAAAGUUCCUGAUGCACUUGUUGAUAUCCAACAUCGCGCAGGUCAUUCUUUUACUAAUUGCUCUCGCCUUCAAGGAUGAGGCCGGGAACUCCAUCUUUCCUCUGUCGCCGCUGGAGAUUCUCUGGGCCAACUUGGUGACUUCCUCAUUCCUCGCUCUAGGACUUGGUCUGGAGGAAGCUCAGCCUGAUAUCAUGUAUCGCCCGCCGCACGACCUGAAGAUCGGCGUCUUCACGCGCGAGCUUAUCACCGACAAGAUGGUGUACGGUACUUUCAUGGGUUGCCUCUGUCUGGUGUCGUUUGUAAGUGUGAUUUACGGCGCCGGCUCAGGCACUGCCAGCAUGGGAGAUGACUGCAACGAGGGGUGGAACAGUAGUUGCGGCACCGUGUUUGAAGCCCGAGCCACAACCUACGCCACUCUUACCUACUUACUACUUGUCACAGCAUGGGAGGUGAAGCACUUCUCACGAUCUCUUUUCAACCUCGACCCAGACCGAUAUCCGGGCAAGUUUUCGAUCUUCCACUCCAUCUGGCGAAACCAGUUUCUCUUCUGGGCUGUCGUUGCAGGAUUCGUGAUCGCCUUCCCCGUCAUCUACCUCCCCGAGGUGAACCGCGUCGUUUUCAAGCAUCAAGGCAUCAGCUGGCACUGGGGAAUCGUCUUUGGCUGCGUGGUGGUUUACCUGGCGUUGGUGGAGAGCUGGAAGGCAAUCAAGCGCCGAUUUGGAAUUGGAACAGGGAAGAACGCGACGUUGACUAUGGACGACGCCGAAAUGAGAGCCGGGCUGCGAAGCCUGACACCCAUCUCGAUGAGCGCGAACGCCAGUGUCGAUGCUAGCUUCAUUGCCAGCGUGACGGAGAAGAAGUAG